AUGGCAGACUUGUACUACUCGUACAAGGAUUCUACGAACUACGUACUUGGGUGGAUGCGGUUGAACUGCCGACCGAGCGAGGCUGUACCGGCGGAAGAGAAAUUCAAAACCACGGCGGAAAUCAUCAACGCGGCCAAAAGAGUUCGGAACCUGAAGAAGGAGGUUCCUCAGUCUGUACUUGCAUCACUCGCAGAUGCCAUCAAAACCCGGCAAAAUGUCCUUGAGAUUGUCAGAGGCUUAGAGGUAUCUGCAAACAGCCAAAAUGAUGCCGACAGCGACCGCACACAUGCGGCAUUUAUCCAACGGCUGUCCAAUGUUCUCGAGAUCCUGAUGCCGCUCAGGGCAGCAAACGCGGCGAACCCUGUGCUUUCACCAGAUGAGGCCCGCAUGAUGCAAACCAUCAACCGAUUUGAGGGAUUUGAUCUGCUUCAAGAUGUUGAGUCAAGCGACUCUGAGAGCAACAGUAGCGGCGGUCCCUUAGAGCCCUCGGCAAUUGAGGAACCUGCCGAAGAAGUCUCCGAGAAUGAAUCUGACAGCCAUCGAGAGUUGCUGGGAUAUGAUGGUAUUGUCCUUGAGGAUGACGACAUAGGAGAGUGGAUUGAGUUGACGCACUUCAUCUACGAAUGGGACUCCAUCUGCAAAGUCGUUAACGACUGCUGGGUCGAAGCAGCUGAGGGCAAGAUUCCCAUCUUGAUGGCUACCUGGGUCUCGAACAUGGCCUUUAAACAGGCGGGACAGAUUUUCGAUCGCAAGAUACCCAAAAUAGUCAAGACCUAUGACGAGCUCGUGGAAAAGUGGAUCUACCACAAAGGCAAGGGCAUCGAUCUCAUGUUCGACGACGACGAGGGUCUGCUCGAACAAGGCCGUGGACGUUUCGCCAACCUGAACGGUCUCUGCCACCCGGGCGAAGUGCUGCAGUAUCGUCGCACCAAGGGCAAGUACAAGGUUGCUCGCCGCGAAGCUGCCGACCGCAGGGACCCCGUCACCAUCAUACAACCUCCCUGGGCUUGGUUGCAGGCUCAAGAGAAGGCGGACGUAAUUCAUGACGACCUCGCCUUUGACAUGUUCCAGGAGAACAUGCGCUUACUUCUUGAGAACGGCCGCGGCAUUGCCGGAGUGGAAUCAUUCCGAGGGCCCGGCCGGGCAUGCGAGCCUUUGCUUAUGCUCUGGAAAGAAGCCCUUGAUGAGCCCGAGAAACCUCUGUCUGCGAAGCUGGUGUUCGGUCUCGAGAUGGUCUUGUCGACCUUCAAGUCUUUCCUCUGGCCAGACGUCAUGACGAACAAGACCAACUGUCGCAUUGCUGCCUUGAAGUUCGCACAGGAUGUCAAGUCGAACUUGGCGCAAACUCUCGAUAUCUUGCAGAAAGAUGCUGGUCCUGAAAAGAGCCGGACCCGACAAGAACACGAAGACCGUCUCAUUUCGAUGAUCGCCAAGAUGGACAUGUUCUGCCGUGAGAAGCGCUUCGACUUGUACUAUCAAGCUCCCUGGAUAGCGGGAUGCCACAUGCUCGAGUUCCACACCCUUGCGAUGCACGAUGGUGUCUAUGUCUGCAGUGUGAGCGGUCACGUUUGCGCAACUCUCCAUAUGUAUAACGCCCUGCGCCAAGUGGGCAACAAAACGAUCAAGUCGAUCCCCAUCCUGGACUUUCUCUGCGAGAUAUUCAAAGACCGUCUGUUUUUCAGCGCGUUUCCGAAGAAGAAGUUCAGCACGUACUUCCGGAGAGCCCAAGGAUGUGGCAUCCAGAAAAACAAAGACCUCGUGGGUUGGUAUGCCUCUGGACUGGCGCAGCCGUUCACCAAAGACGCCUACCGCAAAAGCCACAUGGACACGGAGACCAUUUCCCUGUUCCACACCGCGCACAUGUGGGACUAUACACCCAAGCGUUGGAGUUUCUGGAACGAGAUCUUUGGAGAUCCCGACAGGAAAGCUUCAGAGAAGGAGGCGAAACGGCUUGAGAGAUGGGUCAGCUUGCAGCCCAUGAACAUCAUCAUCGAGGGCGUCAAGAACAAAGUUCUACCAGAACUGAAGGGUGAGAAGCCAGUCGCGCGCCUCAAUUUCUUCGCCGUUUUCCGUCUCUGUGUCCGCAUCAUGGAGCGCUUCGCGAAAGACCUUCCCAAGGUCGCGCGUUUGAAUGUGAAUAAAAGUAUGCUUCCACAGGGGGCUGGGCUUGGGUCCCUAUAUAUGGACAUCAUCUUGGAUGACUUUUCGGCGCAAUUGGACGAUGACUACGCUCGGAAGCACAUAGAGGAAUUCCCUGGCUUGCUUGAGUGUCGUAGGAUUUUUGAGAGCCUGCAGGAGAAUCUUGAUGUCGCAAGCUACUUGUGGUCUUUCUGA